AUGGCCGGGCAAGGCGGCGGCAGCGCGGCGGCGCGGAGCGGUGGAGGCCGCGGCGUUGUGAUUUCAGACAAUUGGCCCGGAUACAGUCUGGAUUUGUUCACUUAUCCUCAGCACUACUACGGAGAUCUGGAAUAUGUGCUCAUACCUCAUGGCAUUAUUGUUGACAGGACAGAACGAUUGGCCAAAGAUAUUAUGCAAGACAUUGGAGACAAUGAUAUUGUGGUUCUCUGUGUCCUCAAAGGUGGCUACAAGUUCUGUGCUGACCUUGUGGAGCACAUUAAAAAUCUCAGCAGAAACUCAGAAAGGUUCAUCUCCAUGAAAGUCGAUUUUGUUAGACUGAAAAGUUACCACAAUGAUCAGUCUAUGCAAGAUAUGCAGAUAAUGGGAGGAGAUGAUCUUUCAAAGCUGACUGGGAAGAAUGUUCUAAUUGUGGAGGAUAUUGUUGGAACUGGAAGGACUAUGAAGGUUCUGCUUAAUAAUAUAGAAAAAUACAAGCCAAAAAUGAUUAAAGUGGCAAGUUUGUUGGUGAAAAGAACAUCUCAGCCUGAUGGGUACAGACCAGAUUGUAAGUGGUGGUGUGAAAACCUGUACAUGACAAUACAAGAAGUUACCAUUAUUCUACCACUUGCCUUUCAUAUCAUUCUGUGGACUGCUAGAAGCAUUGUAAAAUACCAGUUGUCAAUGGGACUAUGGGAUGCAAUGGAAAGAUUUGUGUAA